UGACGACACCGAUGAAGAAGAAGAGGAGGAGGACGAAGAGGAGAAAAGUUGGAGGAGGAGGAGGAGGAGGAGGUGGAGGAGGAAGAAGAGGAGGAGGAGGAGGAGCAGGAAGAGGAGGAAGAAGAAGAGGAGAUGAAGGAGGAGGACGAAGAAGAGGAGGUGAAGGAGGAGGAAGAAGAAGAGGAGGAGGGAAGCACGGAGACGAUGAGGAGGAGGAGGAAGAGGACGAAGAAGAGGAGGUGGAGGAGAAGAAAGAAGAAGAGGAGGGAAGCACGGAGACGAUGAGGAGGAGGAAGAGAGCAGCUGUUGCAGGGCUGGUUGAAGCAGCUGCUGUAGCAGGUGUUGAAGGGCUGGUUGCAGAUGGCGCAGCACCUGCUGAAGGGCUGGGAAACGAUGAUGCGGAAGAUAAGGAGGAAGAACUACAAGACGAGGAUAAGGACGACAAGGAAGAGAGGCAGGAGGAGGAGGAGGAAGAAGAGGAGGAGGAGGAAGUAGAGGAGGAGGAGGAGGAGGAGGAGGAGGCAGACGGGGAGGAAGAGGAGGACGACGACAGGAAACAAUGAUGCGGAAGACGAGAAGGCAGAAGAACUACAGGACGAGGAUAAGGACAACAAUGAAGAGAGGCAAGAGGA